CUUUUAACAUCUCUUAUAGAUGAAGAGGGAAAUCAAGAUGAGUCGCUGGAAUCAAAGACUUUAUCUGCAGAAGACCAGGUAAAGGACCAUUCCACAGGAACUCGGGUGGUAGCAGGUCAGAUCUUCCUUGAGUCAGGGAAACCUGACUCUCAAUCUGAGGAUGAAGAAAACUUUCACAGUCAAGAGGAAGAAAAAGAGAAUUCACUAGAAGAGUUGAACUCUCUAGAAACAUCAAACCUGUUAAAUAAGGACUUGGAAGAAGGAGAAAUACAGAGUACAGUUUUAACAGCUAUCGGAGGCACUGCAGAUGGUGAACCUUGCCACUUCCCCUUUUUGUUUCUGGAGAAAGAGUAUGCAGAGUGCACUGCAGAUGGGAGGGAAGAUGGCAGGCUUUGGUGUGCAACAACCUAUGAUUACAAGAAGGAUCAAAAGUGGGGCUUCUGUGAAACUGAAGAGCAGUCUAAUAAGAGAAGACAGAUGCAAGAGGCUGAGGAAGUUUAUCAGACUGGAAUGAAAAUCCUUAAUGAGAGCAGUAAAAAGGCUCAGAAGAAAGAGGCAUAUCAGUAUCUUCUGAAAGCAGCUGACAUGAAUCAUACCAAGGCAAUGGAGAAAGUGUCUUAUGCGUUGUUGUUUGGGGAUUACCUGAAGCAAAACAUCCAGUCAUCGAAGGAACUGUUUGAAAAACUAACAGAAGAAGGCUCUCCUAGAGGACAAAUGGCUCUUGGAUUUCUUUAUGCAUCUGGUCUAGGAGUCAAUUCUAGUCAAGCUAAGGCCCUGGUCUAUUACACUUUUGGAGCUUUAGGAGGAAAUCUGAUAGCGCAUAUGAUCUUGGGUUACCGGUAUUGGGCUGGGAUAGGAGUCCUUCAGAGUUGUGAAUCUGCUCUCACUCACUACCGACUUGUAGCUAAUCAUGUUGCUAGCGACAUUUCUUUGACUGGUGGCACAGUGGUUCAGCGAAUUCGCCUAGCGGAUGAAGUAGAAAAUCCAGGAAUGGCAAGUGGAAUGCUGGAGGAAGACUUGAUCCAAUAUUACCAGUUUUUAGCAGAGAAAGGAGAUGUACAAGCACAGGUUGGUCUUGGACAGUUGCACUUACAUGGAGGAAGAGGAGUAGAGCAAAAUCACCAGCGAGCAUUUGAGUACUUCAAUCAAGCAGCUAAUGCUGGAAACUCUCAUGCCAUGGCCUUUCUAGGAAAGAUGUACUCAGAAGGAAGUGAUAUUGUACCUCAAAGCAAUGAAACAGCUCUUCAGUAUUUCAAGAAAGCUGCUGAUAUGGGUAAUCCAGUUGGACAGAGUGGAUUAGGAAUGGCUUACCUCUAUGGAAGAGGUGUUCCGGUGAACUAUGAGCUAGCGCUGAAGUAUUUCCAGAAGGCUGCAGAACAAGGAUGGGUUGAUGGACAGCUUCAACUAGGUUCGAUGUAUUACAAUGGUAUUGGAGUCAAGAGGGACUAUAAACAAGCUUUAAAAUAUUUUAAUUUGGCCUCCCAGGGUGGCCACAUCCUGGCUUUUUAUAAUCUGGCUCAGAUGCAUGCUACUGGCACUGGAGUGAUGCGAUCCUGUCAUACUGCUGUUGAGUUGUUUAAGAAUGUAUGCGAGCGAGGCCGUUGGUCUGAAAGACUUAUGACUGCCUACAACAGCUAUAAAGAUGGUGAUUCAAAUUCUGCUGUGGUUCAAUAUCUUCUUUUGGCAGAACAAGGCUAUGAAGUUGCACAAAGCAACGCUGCUUUCAUACUUGAUCAGAAAGAAGCUAGCAUAGUAGGAGAAAAUGAAACCUAUCCUCGAGCCUUGCUUCACUGGAAUAGAGCAGCUUCUCAAGGAUAUACUGUUGCAAGAAUUAAACUUGGAGAUUACCAUUUUUAUGGUUUUGGCACCGAUGUUGAUUAUGAAACUGCAUUUAUUCACUAUCGACUGGCGUCAGAGCAGCAGCACAGUGCUCAAGCAAUGUUUAAUCUGGGUUACAUGCAUGAGAAGGGACUGGGCAUCAAGCAGGAUAUUCACCUUGCAAAACGGUUCUAUGACAUGGCUGCUGAAGCAAGCCCAGAUGCUCAGGUUCCUGUCUUCCUCGCACUUUGCAAGCUUGGAGUGAUCUAUUCCUUGCAGUAUGUACGAGAAAUCAAUAUCAGGGAAGUAUUCUCACAUAUUGACAUGGACCAGCUGCUGGGGCCUGAGUGGGAUCUUUACCUUAUGACUAUCAUCGCCUUGCUUCUGGGGACAGUUAUAGCUUACAGACAAAGGCAACAUCAGGCAAUUCCCAGACCAGCAGGACUGCGGCCAGCUGUGCCUCAACAGGAACCACCACCAGAGCAUCAACCACCACAGUAGCAACACGAGCCUCAGUGAAAGAACUGGAUUUUUCCAACAGGAACGUUUUCCAUUUUGAUUUAGGACUUUGGAUUAAUGGUCUCUCCCCCAAAAAGAGGCGCAAAGAAGUAAACAAAAAAAGUCUGAAAGCUGCUUAGAAUGAUGCCUUUUUUCAGGGAUAAGAAACUUUUGAAACUGAUUUGAAUGUUAUUUCAGUGCCAAUGGAAUAACACUAUGGCUUUUUUUCGUGGAAGCACAAGUGUGCUACUACAAAAAUAUUGCCUGCUGUAUCUAUUCCUCUUUAUUCAAAGUCCCUCUCAUCUCCUAGAGAGCAGAAGACUAAUGUUAGAAGGUUUUGUCUGCCUGGUAGCAGCUGCCCUAUUUAAAAAAGAAAAUGUUAUGGCCAAUUUAAGUCCCAGAAGCUGAAAUAUGUUCAAAGUCAAAAAAGAUUAGGGCAAUAUGUACUUAUAUUCAGAUCUACAUCCCAAGUAUUCUUACAGUUCUUAUUUUAUUUCUUAGCGUUUCUCACAUUUCGGGUUUUUAUGUUGUCUUGGAUGGUUUAACAUGGAUUAUUUAUAAAAAUCUGUAAAAACUAAGCCAGCAAACAAGUCACUCUGCCUAUGUGCUUUUGUUUUAAGUAUUUUCCUCCAUUAACCUUAGCGUAAGCAGUUGUCCGCAGUCAAUAUGUGGCCUAGGAGGUGGGUUGGGACAGAUUGGGUCUGUAAGGUUGGUAGGUUGAAGACUGUACACACAGUUCCCAGACUUCUCUUAACCUUUCUAAAACUUUAGGAGCUUGUGUGUAACUUGCAAUCCUUCUUGAAAUAAGGACAAGUUGGUAGUGUUCCUAAAUCUUUUAAUCUUACACUUAUGAAGAGGCUGAGUCUCAAUUGCGGAAAUCACUAGUGCGGACAUUGAAGAAAGCUGACUCACUGAGAAGACUUCUGCCCUUACUUUUUUGUUUGUUUUUAGAGGCUGAGUCUUGAGUUUAACAAUCCUGUAAGUGACCUGCACUGCAAGAAGGUGUUCGUGCAGUUGAAAUGGAUGUGGUAUCUCAUGCAGGCAUCUGUUUUAUGCCCAAGUACAAAGCAGCAUGGACUUAUGCCAGUAAUGCUACUCCAAAGUGUGGCUGACUAGUUUUAAAAAAAAAAAAAAACUGUACUAGAUCACAGCGGUGCUCUGGCUAUGGCCUACCUCUUGUCUUUGGCAUAUAUUAGAGGGCCAGAAUGACAUUUCUGCCUGGCUGUGCCAUCUGAGGGUCCCUUGUAACAAGAAAAUCCAAAGAGACAGGAGACUAACCAUCUGUGGCCUCUUGAUAUAUCACCAGGUCAGUGCAGAGGCAUUCCAAGGGGAGUGAAGAAAUGACCUGUGGAUUGAUGGUGUUUUAGACUGCAAAGAGAGUCUUGACUUCGUAACUGUUUUUCAUUGAACUAUAAUUUUGGGGGGGGGAGGCAGGAGGAAGAAUAGCUUUGUGGGGCAAGAAAUAGAUAUUUCUGUUCCUGUCUGUUCAAUGGUGGUUAAAUAUUUCUGUAUUAGCGUUAAACCCUCUGAAUAUCCUGUCUUAAAGCAGAAUGAAAUAGGAAUGGGGAAGUCUUACCAGUUUUCUGACAAAAUCUGUUGCAUUUAAAUGGUUACAGGCUUCCUUUCAUGCACAAGUUUUUUCCAGUGGAUUGGCAGCAAUGUAUUAAUAUGCGGUAGAAUUGGGACGUCUGUGUGGUUUUAUACUUCAUGCCUUUAUAAGGAGACCAUUGCGCAAUGUAUCUGUAGUUUGGGAACAAGGAUAAGAAAUCUGCUGUUUUGGAAAUGGAAACGUCAUGGAUGACUAGUAUUAAAAUAUAGGUAGAGCUUCUCAGUACUUCAAAGUGCUUAUGCUGGUUAUAUGCAGACAAAUCUUUCAUUUUAGUUUAGAGGGAUGCAGCAUGCAGUAGAGGAAUAUCAUAUUUCAGUUCCAGUCAUCAUUAGCAAAUGGAACAGUAUUGAACUUACAUCGUGUCUAAAGUGUACAGCGCUCUCCAGCUGCAUUUCUGAGAUAUCUGUGACUUCUGAACACUUCCUCUGAAGUAUUUUUACUUCUAUCACUUAAUAGUUCUUUUGCACUCAGCAUGAUAAAUUACUUGUAUGGAAGCUAUUUUCCAGGUAACUACCUUUGGUUCAUUGGUAUUGGUCUCUUAGGAUGUUUAACAAUUUUGUUGCAACUUAAAGUUGUUUUUCUUGUGUUUAAUCUACAAUAACUAAAUUCUAAAAGCUCUAUCCUGACUGCGUGAGAAUCUUUGAUCACUGCUGCUAUGUGAGAGUCUUACAGCUGACUUUUUCACUGAACUGUUGCAUUUUACAUCAAAGAAAUCAGCGAAAAAAAUUGAAGAUCAGCAAGUUGUUUCACUUUAAAGAACUGCUUUUUGAAGAAGCAAUAAGGAAAUCCUCCUCCUGCUCUUUCCCUUCACACCAAAUUGCUACCUACCACUUAACUUUUUCAGAUGACAUUCAUUUGAAUGAAAUGUGGUAGCAGUAGAAAGGUACUUACUAUGAGUAAUAGCAAGUUCACUCAGGGAUUAAAGAAAUGAAUACACUUUCUAAAUCUGUUGUCUAGAACAUCACUUAGGUUUUUCUGACAAUCCCUUGCUAGUCGAUUUGAAACUUGCGUUUUGAGGGAAGCAUAUGUAACUCUUACAGCAAUAUGUUUGUGUUUAUCAAACAGCUUUUUCUUAUGGGAGCUGGGUAGCAUACACAUCGUCUUAUACUUUAUAUGCAGGAGUAGUUUAGAGGGGAAGCUGUUUAAGGGAUGCCUUCCUAUGAAUGUGCAGUGUGCUUUGAAUGGUAGAACUGUAUUCUUUGUUGGUAGUAACAUAGGCCAGAGCCUGCUGUUUGGCCUACCCAAGCACGUGCUCUUCUCUCCUUGCAUGGAGCACAGAACAAGAGAGUAGUAACUGUUGUCCAUAGGAGCUCUGCAUGUAGAGAAACAGUGGAAAGAUGAAGAUUUGAGGGGAAAACAUUGUACAGCAUCUCAAAUUAUUAUUCAAACAAAACAGCUGUUCUUGCAGUUUGAAAAAAUAACAUUGAACUGUUGGUGAAAACAGGAUUCUAGUUCUUUCCUCUGGUGCAAUUUGACCCAGAGCUUAGUCUGUUAAUGCUUUUCCUUUCUUUAUAUUGUCCGUCAUAGGACAGUGUAAUGGAAGAUACGGCCUUUGAUUAUAUCCCAGUGAGACUCUUGAGACAGUUUUACUUGCUUUAUAGUUCUCUUCCGUAAGGCAUCAGCUGUUCUUUGAAUCAACUUGCAAGAAAAAAAGAAAUCCAUGAAACAGAUGUUGUUCUUCUCUUUAGGGAAGAAUAUUAAAACAUGGCUGUGAAAGGACUUCUAAGACUAUGCAUUAUCUAGUUUCCACCUAUUGUAUGCUAGGUUGGGCCUAUAAAAGGAUUAUUACAGGGGAUUACACUCACCUUUGCAAAUUACUUCCUUUUUAGAUAGGCAACAAACUGAAAUUCUAUUUUUGUUCCAGAGAAUAUUGAACUAAGAAGAUUUAGUUUGAUUUGAGAACUACUGCAAAUGCGUAUGGCAAAUAGGGACUAUUGGGGGGAACCCUUUGUUUUUAUCAGCUGCAGUUCUUAAAAGGGUGUUGUAGGAGUUUUGUAAAUUUAUUUUGUAUUUAAAAAAAUCAGUAUAAAGGCUGGUCAAAUGUAAUAUAAUUGUGUAAACAAAUUCUGUUAAUAGAAAGAUGUACAGAUUCAUUUUGUACUGUAUCUUUAAUCUUGUGAAAUAAAGUUACCACAGGUGUGGUUACCCUCAGUGUU